AUGGCAAAAACCAAGUCUCCAGGAAAGAAAUGUAAGUUUGGGGAUUCUGAAGGCCAAGAUAAUUUUUUGAAUUUUAGUCUAACCUCUCGUUUUUGAAGGUGUUGACGUUGUUUUUAUAAUUAAAGUUCAACUUCCGACUUUGAAUUUAAUGUUUUUAAUAAAAAAAAUAAAAUCUUUUAUCGAAAAUUUAACAAAACGUCCCUUUACAGCUCGCGGCACCAUUCAAAGAGUGCGCAAGAAGCCGAAAAGCCAAGGCUACCGCCUCUACAUUCUCCGUUUGCUGAAGAAGAUCCGCCCCGGCGUGAACAUCUCGAACACCGCCAUGAACACUUUGAACGACAUGACCAAGACCCUGAUCAGUCGUCUCAACUACGAAGCCGCCGUCCUCACGGAUGCGCGUCGCAUCGCCACGAUCCGCGAGAAGGACGUGCUCGCGGCCGCCAAACUUCUGAUGAAGGGCGAUUUGUUGGCUCACAGCAUCAUGGAAUGUCGCAAAGCUACUGCCAACUACGACCAAGGCCCGGUGGUGGAAAAAGGGGGCAAGAAGAAGAGAAAGAAGAAGUGA